GUCGCCACCUCCCGCCACCGGCUGGCGGGGCGGGGCGCCGCGGAGGGCAGGCUGCCCGCCGUUUCGGUUGCACUGACGCUCUGCCGGCGGGAAGUUCAUUUGGUGCCCGCUUUCCUCCCUCUGCGGCCCUGGCGAAGGGCAGCCGCCCCGCGUCCGGUGGGGUUCGCCGCCCCUCACGCAGGUGAGACUGGGGGUCUCCUCAACGCUGAGGCAGUGGAGGGGCUGCCAAGCCUGGGAGCGGGUCGCGUCGAGGAGUGGCGGCGCUGAGUCUGCAGGGCCAGCGGAGCGGCGGGGAGGCCUCGGCUAUGGCAUCUUGUGAGACUUCUGAAACAUCCCUCUUCAGCCUGAGUGGUGUAAGAGAGCGGAUGCGGGAGAAGAAAAAGGGUGCCCUUAGGACUGCGAAAUUGAAUGCUUCGCUUGCAUCGAAAAUAAAAACAAAGAUAAUUAACAACUCCUCCACUAUUAAAGUCUCCUUAAAGCACAACAAUAAAGCAUUGGCUCUGGCCCUUAAUGCGGAGAAAGCCAAUGCGCAGCGGCUCACCCAGGACAAGGCCACCCUACAGAAGGAGAUGGAGCAGUGCCACUUCCAGAAUGCUGUGCUGCGACACAGACUCUCUCUCCUGGAAAAUGCCUUGAAUGAAGUUGAAAACAUUGCAGCUGCAGUUAGGACUGCCCGGCUGUCUGAGUUCUGCAUGAGUUCUGUGUCCUCUUCUAAUGACCAGAAGUGCAGCAUGACUGAAGAUAGCUGGGACAAUGAUAUUGCAGAUGGUCAGCUUGUGAGGGCUGCAGGGAUGCUAAUGAGGGUGCCCAUUUCCAAGCUAUGUGAUUCAGGACAGCAAGGUAGCCACUCCAUAAUACAGGCAUCCUCACAACAUCUCCAGAGACCUGCUUCUAAUGAGUCCCCAGAAACUGUGCCUGUUGCCUCCAAAGACACUUUGCCACCACAACCUGCUGAGAAGCCUCAGUCUCACCAGGAAGAGAAUGGGAAGAAGCCAACUGAAGCAAUGGAAACACAAGAGAUUCUUCAUGAGUCUCACAUCUUUGGAGGGGCCUUGUGUGCCACCCAACAAAAGCCCAACAAUUUCCCAGAACAUGCCUGGCAAAGUCAUUCUUUUUCCUAUGAGGGUGAUGAGAUGACCAAACAGUUUUCGGAUCGACUCUCACAAAGGCAUAUUACUCAGAGGAGAAGGCGUUCUACCCUGUUUGCAACAAGUACUCCAUCUUCUGGUGUGGAUAUCUCCUCACGUCUCAAUUCCGCUCAGGCAGCUCAGUGGAGUACCACAAGGGACCGCAGCAGCUCCAGCAUGAGCAACACACAGCCACAGCUGACAUCUCACAGCUCCCUGCUUUCUCUUACUGAAACUGCUGUUAUUCCUCACAGAAAAUCUUUGGGUAAAGAGAUUUUCUGUGAUCAGCCUCAGGCUAAAGAAACUGAGUGUAGUGCUAAAACAGAUCCCAGCUACAGCCAAGUCCCUGAGUUUGUUCAGGUAAAGACUGAAAGCAAAGGUAAAACUGUUGAGAAAACAUCUGUUAAAAAGGCAAUGACAGAAAAAAAGAAAACAAAUGCAAUUAAAGCCAAUGCAGAAAGUAGUUCUGAUGUACUGCAAAUUGAAGAGAGUGCUCAAAAUGCAAAGCAGUUUCUUCAGCCUGAAAUUCCAACAUGUUGUAGUGAGUCUGAAGUUUAUGAGAUGAGAAAGAAGGUCUCUGUGGGGACUUCCAACAGGAAUAAUACAGGCUUUCAGGUGGAGCAGCAUUCCUGCUGUCCUGAUAAACUUCGAGAUUUCAGAAGAACCUAUGUGGUGAAUCCAGCACAGCUGCACAGUCUUAGAAGUGAUGACUUACUGGAACAGGGUAAGAAGGAAGUCAAUUUUAAGAUCCAAAGCAUGGAGAGCUUGUCAAAAAGCCCAGUUUGUACAAGUCAGGAAGCUGCUUCAGAUGAUUCCAGUGUACAAAAUUUACUUCAGUCGAGGAAGGAGACUUCAACUGCCUGUGCUUUACCAGAGGACUCAAGUACAAGCAAAAAGAGCCUAAGACAGAAGACCAAGAGAAAAACUAGAGUAAUUAGGCAAAGAGAUUGCUCUGAUGAGGAAAAUAUAUUAAAUACUGUGAAAAUACCAGGGGCCAAAGCUGAAGAACAGCCCGAAAUAAGCCAGACAAGCAGGAAGAAGGCUGCUCUGAUCACUACAACUGCUUUUCCUGACAGAGAAGUUGGGUUUGGACCAUGUAUAGGUGUAGGAGGAGUAGCUAAGGAAAGCACUGAAGAUUCAUCAGGUAACCUGAAAUGUAGCAGGAAAACUUAUAUUAUCCAUCCUUUUGAUUUUGCAGGGAACUUGGGUUGUGCCCAGACAGAAUUUGAAGGGGGUGAAAUUUUACCUGUCAGGUCUGUUUCUGGGAGCAAAGCUAGCAAAAUCCCCAGGGUUCACAGGAUGGUUGGUGCUCACAGGAGUAAAGAAGAGAGAGGGGUCCCUGAAGCAGAGGGGCAAGCUGAAGUUGCCAAGACCAUGAGUGCUUCAGAAAAAAGGGCUUAUCCAAAACUAAAGUCUCAGAGGAAAAGGAACACCUCUAGACCUCCAGAGCCUGAUUCCCUGGCCAGACAAAGUGAUGGCACCAAGGCUGUCGUUGGAAGUUCAGCAGAAGGUGCGUCCGAGCAAACUUCUCUGAGAGGGGAGCUUUCCUGCGUUACAGAUCUACCGUCUGUGCCAGACACCUUCCUGAAGGAGCAGAUAGCUGAGAUAUCACUUACAAAUAACCUUCUGGACCUUUCACAGAGUCUUGAAUCCUCUCCUGUGACCUGUCCUGCAACCUCCUGUGUCAACUCCAGUCUUGCAGAUGUACCAGUUUCCAAAAGCUUACAUGCUGGUGGCAACAGAAGUCCUGUUUCAAGAAUGCCAGAGAAAUCCUCUGUUUGGUUGGGAAGCUCCCUGACAUUUAAAGAAAAAACUGCAGAGGAGAUACCUGGGAAAAGAAACCAAAUUGAGCCAAGUUCUCAGAGCUCACCUCCACAGGAACCUGAGAAGAUGCCACUACAGAACUUGACCAAUACCAGGACUCUGUCUUCCAGCUCUGAAGUGUCAAGGCGUUCAGCCAGGAAGAGACAGGAUCCAGGCUGCUACCAAGAGCCAAAACUCAACCGUAAGCUGAGGCGGGGUGACCCAUUUACAAAUACAGCAUUCCUCUCCUCACCUAUCUACAAAAAGCAGAAAACUGCCAAAGCCAAGGAAACAACCACGAAGAUGAAACAGAACAGCUCCCUGGAAGAAUGUCCUGGUGUCAAGACAGGCAUGCUAAUAGUGACAGGCAGAGACAUGGAACCAGAAGUAAAAUAGUGGCUGAGAACGCAGACCCCACGUUCCUAGUAGCUUGUGCAUUUUUACUAGAAUUCAAUGCUUUGCAUAGCUGACUCUUUUAUUUGAGAUGUAAAUAAAGUCUCCAAUAUGGACAGUAUUAAAAA